GGCGAGGAGGAGGCGGCGCGGAGGGAGGGCAGGCCGGCUCCGGGAAGCGGUGCUCCGCGCUGGGACUGGUUCCUUCGCAGCCAUUUUCUGUCCAACCAAACAGCCGAUUUGCGGAGGGAGCCAACCAGGGCCGCACUGGAGAUGGAUGGUGAUAGUUCUACAACAGAUGCUUCUCAGUUAGGAAUUGCUGGAGACUAUAUUGGUGGUAGUCACUAUGUGAUACAGCCUCAUGAUGAUACGGAGGAUAGCAUGAAUGAUCAUGAAGACACAAAUGGCUCCAAAGAAAGUUUUAGAGAACAAGAUAUAUAUCUUCCAAUUGCAAAUGUGGCAAGGAUAAUGAAGAAUGCUAUACCUCAGACAGGAAAGAUUGCUAAAGAUGCAAAGGAAUGUGUUCAGGAGUGCGUAAGUGAAUUCAUAAGCUUUAUAACAUCAGAAGCAAGUGAGAGGUGUCAUCAAGAAAAACGGAAGACUAUAAAUGGGGAGGAUAUUCUCUUUGCCAUGUCCACUCUGGGAUUUGACAGCUACGUGGAACCUUUGAAGUUGUACCUUCAGAAGUUCAGAGAGGCCAUGAAAGGAGAAAAGGGUAUUGGAGCAGUUACCACAGCAGAUGGCCUUAGUGAGGAGCUCACAGAGGAAGCAUUUACUAACCAGUUGCCAGCAGGCUUAAUAACUGCAGAUGGCCAACAACAAAAUGUUAUGGUUUAUACAACAUCUUAUCAACAGAUCUCUGGUGUUCAGCAAAUUCAGUUCUCAUGAUUUGAAGAUGGCUUUGGAUUUGGGAACUCGAAAGAUGGGCAAGGAAAUGGGAAUGCUGAAAGAGAGGAAAACUUUGGUAUAAAAUGGCUGGUGAAAAGAAAAAUGUCACUUUGUAUAUAUAAUAGCUGUAAUGUAGCUGCCUGAGGCUUGACUAAUUGAGGUGUGAACUCUGACUCAAACCUUUUUUCAUGAAUGAUUUUAAAAGAAAUUGGAUUUUAAAGGUAUUAAAGUAUUUUUGUUUUGUACAAGAGUUUGUUGCUCUGUAUAACUCCUGUAUGCAUUGUAUAUUGCAAUUUACUACUGUCAGAGAUUUGUAGACAGUUUCUUAUUUUCAUAUUGAAUCAUGUUACUUUUGUAAUUCAAGUAAACAGCUGGGUUUAAUUCAAGUUUACCCUUUGAAUAAAACAUAAGGGUACAGUUCAUUUUGAAUGCAAGUUGCCUUUAUUAUAAAAAAAUGAGAUUUUGUUUUGUAACUGUCUUGCAUGACUAAAGUUGCGUUAACAUAUUUAUUAAUAUUUCAACUUUGAAAGGGAAUUCCUCAAGCGCCAGCAGUUCAAAAGAAGUGCUCCCAGUGUUUUAAUGUAAUGAUUGAAUUAAUGUGAAUCCGGAAGUAUCCAGUCUUUAGAUCUUAGCAUUAGAAGCUUGGGACAUAAUCUACCAAGAACUGCUUUGCACAAGUUUUCAUAAGACAAUAACUGUCUUCUGCAGGGCUAGUUCUGUGGAUUGCCUGGUGCCCCAUAACAGUGUUAACUGUACAUUGUAGUGCAGUCCCUAUUUUGCAACAACUAGAAGUAUGUAGUAGAGUCUUUUGUUGAUUCCAUUGACUUAGGGGCAUUCGUCUCACUGCUUUUGAAAUAAACCCUUUUUAAGUUAU